AUGUUCAGUUCGGCUGCCGCUGAAGAUUCCCCGCACAGUGGGCCACCCAGUCCAGAUUGCUCUGGAAGUGGAGCUGGGGGCCUCCAAGGCAGUGCUUCGGCACCGGGCCAGCCCUCCGCUUUGUCUCGGGAACAAGGCCGAGCUAUCUCUCCGUCUCGUCGAGAAUCAAGUGGAACGAAACUGAGCGGCCGCUCCCCGGCGAAUUCCCGCCGGUCUUCCAACGCUUCGCGGCGGUCGUCGGCUUCGUCUUUCCUCUCCACGUCCACUCUCCAGCCAAAGAGGCGGGAUGCUGGCAGUUCAGAGCGCGGGGGCGCUCCGCACGCCUCUGUGCUCUCCGACAAAAAAGCCGCAGACGAAACGUCCAGUUCUCGCGGCUCUAGCUCCUGCGCGAGUCCCGUCUCUCCACGCCGCGAGGAGGGCGCAGCCGCGCGGACUGGCGUGCCUGGACAACCGACGCACCCACGACGGGGGUCUUUCCCUCAAAAGAAAAGUGUCGGCGGGCCAGAGGAAACUGCGGUGUCUUCCGGUCAAUCUUCAGUAGAUCGCCGGAGGACCGCUGGAGACGAAGACGCUCUGGAAGGCCCUAGCGGAGGCAACAAUGCAAGUCGACGACCCGUGACAAGUCAGCAAAGAAGCCGGCUUCUCCUCGCUCGACAGGAAGAGCGAGAGGAACUCAGCAGUCAGCCAUCUCCUUCUGACGGGUCUCAGACGUCCAGCAGCCGUCGCACCUCUCUUCAGCUUUUGCAGCAGAAAAAACAGCUUCUUCAGCUCCAGCAACAAAACGAACAGAGAGAAAGAGAAAAGCGCCUGCUCGUGCAGAAACUGAAGGCGACGAAGGCGGAAGACGAGGGGAGCGCGGGGAUGACCGGAGAUGAUGAAGUGGCGGGAGGGAGUGACGAGGCAGGCGAAGGAAACGGAAAGGCCAGCCCCAGCGAGCAGGACAUAGAGGAGAGGAAACACGGCGGCAAGAUGCGUGGAGAGGGAAGGCAGCGGCAACACGAGAGUGCAAAGGCUGGAGACAGUGGACACGCAUGCAACAGCGAAACAGAAAACCACCGAGAAGGAGAAGAAACACACGGGGUAACAGAUGCAAGAAAUCAGCCAGCAGAAGUCCCCGACAGCGAGAAAUUCGAAUGGGAAUUGACAGCUCAGGCAAUUCCAUAUCAUCAACAAGGCAAUCCCGAGUUUGACGCUCCAGCGGAGCUCGAGGCGCGACACCAGCUGAAAGAGCACCCGGCCAUCCAGAGUGUCCUCGCGGAAGUUUGGCAGGUGUUUCAGAAGGACAAAAACGACUGCAUCUCUCGACAGGAGUACACAAAUGUGUUGAUGCGGAUUUGCCUCGUGCUUCUCCCCACUCUUUCUGCUGAGAGCGCCCUGGCGAUUAUCGACAACGACUGGAGACGGGACUGCCGAGGCAGUCCCUAUUUGACUUUCAACUUGUUCCGCGACGCCUUCUUCGAGUUGGCGGAUCUGUGGACGCCGGUAGUGGACGGGGAAGCCUACGCGACAUUCUUGUCCAAGCUCUUCAAACGCAUCACUGUUCAACAAAUCACCCGGCGCGAGUCCGCGGAGAAGAUUCGAGUUGUCCCCAGAAUCGUUGUUCGCUUCCGAACCAAAAAAGCACCAUCGUCCAGGGAGUCGCCGCCUUCGUCGCACCGGGAGGUCGUGGCUCUCGUGAGAAACCCGACCGACGAGCCGCGGAUGACAGCGGAGUGGACUGAGGAGGGAGAAAAGGAGCUUCGAGAAGCCCUUGAGCAAGGCCUCACCGGCGCAGAUGUGCUCGCCUUCGACGAAGAUGUCGUGCACCCGCCGCUGCCUUCGCCGCUGCCUGACACGCUCGCCGUGCAAACUGUCUGGGCAGAAAAAGACGAAAUCGCGCCUCUGGGCGCUGCGGCGCAGGCCAUGGUUGACGCCGUCUUGCGACAAACAGUGCAGGCUCGCGAGGAUGGAGCCCGAAAGCAGGACGGAGAAAAAGAAGGAGAACAAGGAGGAGAACAAGAAGGAGAACAAGGAGAGCAGGAAUACAAAGAAGCGCAGCGAGAACAGGACGGAAGGCAGGGAGAACCGCCACAUACAGCCGUCGUCUAUCACCGCGGGCGUUCAGGGCCGCCGGCCGGAGAUGGAGGCUGGCCGUUCGCGCGGCGCAUGCAGGAAGGCGCAGAAUACAGACGCAUUCUCGAGAGAAAGCGACGCUGGGGGAAGGCGGGGCAGAAGCGAAAAGGAAGCACAGAAGCGGAGAAAAGAGAUGGCGAACAGGCACACAGAAAACCAGUUGAGACCGAAUCAGAAGGCACAGGCGGCGGUGAUAGAGACAGAGAAGACACAGACGGAGGAAAGGGAGACACGGAGAGGCAAGAAGCGGGUGGCGAGAGCGACUGGAAUGUUGCAACGGUCGAGAGAGCGCAGUACGCGAUGCCUGAAGCCUUCGAGUGGCCCUUACGGAAUAGCGGGUACUUUCAGUCUCCGGAGAAAAUGAGGGAACCUCUGAACGUGGCGCAUGAGAGAGGCAAACUGAGGAGAGAGAAGGACGGCGUUCGUCCCGGUCUGUCUAUCACUGUCAGUCUUGGAACAGUGCCGAAAGUUGUCGUUGUCGAUGGGGAGGUCGCGCUGUCGGAUCGAGCGUCGCGCGGAGAUGCGUUUGUGAUUGCCGCUGCGGACGAUGGGCUGUUUGAGGCUCUCGAGGAGGUGAAAGGUAGCGAGAAAGCGGGAGGCGAGGAAGGAACCGCGAGAGAAGAGGUGCGAGUGAAGGAAGACGUCCCCUCGCCGCUGCCGCUGUACCCUGGAGACGACACGAGCUCGACGUAUGUGCACGAGGCUCAGCCCGCAACAGAUACCGGCCCUGGACUCCUCGAGAGGGACAUGGUGAAUCUCGCAAUCACACCGAAACAAGCAAUUCUCGUCACAGGGCCAGGCAUUCCGGAAAAGAGCAAACUGGCUUACAAGCUAGCACGGAAACUUGGACUUCUUCGUCAGCUCCAGGCGGGGAAAGCCGUCUCCGCCUCGGACGCGCUCCGCCUCGCGUCUGAGUUUAUGGCCAGCAGGCGGGCGAGAGCUGCCGGCUACGUCCUCGAACUGCCUAGCGACAGUCCGCAGGCAGUCGAGCGCUUUCUGAGGACGACGAAGGCGGUCUCAGGGAAACCGUCGAUUAACUGGGGUGAAUUCCUAGCCCGCCAGGCUCUCGAGGGCAUUCAAGAAGCAGAGGAGAGAGAAUCGGUUGCGGGACAGGGCGACGAGGAAGGCGGGAAAGUGCUGGCAAGAGGGGAAGGGAGAGACGAGGAUGAGACGAGCUCCAGGCGGCGAGAGAGUCCAGGGGAAGGGGAAGCGAGGGGAGAGGAGGAAGAUGAGCCGCCGGAAUUUGGGGACAGGCAACGGGCGCCGGGAGGCGAAGAAGAGAAGGGCGCAGAUGAGGAAGACAGCCAGUUGGCUGAAGACGAAGGGAGAGGAGAGGAAGAGAACAAGGAGGGCGAAGAUGGUGCAGCAUCUUGGACGGAGGCCGCACUCGAGAAAGAUACCCACUCAGAUAAGAGAGGGAAAGGACCGGAACCGGACCCAACGGCGGUCCGUACACCUAGCGGCGGACGACACGCCAGCGACGGGGCAUCGUCGACGAAGGAGCAAGGAGAAGAGGAGAGCGAACGCAAGAGCGAAGACUCCCAGAAGGAAGAGCGGAAGGAAGAGAACACAGGAAGGCACUCCGCCGACACCACCUCUUCCUCUGAGAAGCGAGAAGAGGGUGCACGUACCAAAGCGCCGAGCGAAGGAGAGAAAACGACAGAGGAGGAAGACGCUCCCGACCAUUCCUCAGAGAGCCGCGAAUUUCAGAUUGAGGAUGGCCAGCGGAGUGAAGGCCCCGUGAAGCCAAGAGAAAAAGAGAGAGAGAAGGAAGAGAGAGAGAAGGACGGGAGCGACGGCACACCAACUGCAGUCGCAGGCGGGAGAACGCAGGACACAGAAGUCGAGAAACGCGGAGAGCGCGCACUCGAGCUGCCAGAGAAAGACCCUGAAGUUCUACGUUUUUCGGAAGAACGCCAGGCCUCGGCUUCGCCACUUGAAAACGAACGAGAAAGAGAGGUGGACGAUCAGAGACAGUCUUGGUCUGCUCCUGAAGAGGGGCAGGAAGAAGAGAGCGAGAAGGAAGAAGAGAGAGCGGAAGAAGAAGAGCGAGACGAGGAUGUGGAGGGAGAGGGGGAAGAAGAGAGAGAGAAGGAAGAAGAGAGAGGCGAAGCAGAGAGAGAAGAAGAGAGAGGAGAAGCAGAGAGAGAAGAAGAGAGAGGAGAAGCAGAGAGAGAAGAAGAGAGAGGAGAAGCAGAGAGAGAAGAAGAGAGAGAGGACGAAGACAGAGAAGGAGAGAGAAAGGACGAAGACAGAGAAGAAGAGAGAGCGAAGGAAGACAGAGAAGGAGAGAGAGAUGACCAAGACAGAGAAGGAGAGAGAAAGGACGAAGACAGAGAAGAAGGGGAAGAAGGCGAGGAUGAGUUCGAAGGCGAAGUGGAAAUCGACGAAAGACAAGAAGCGCAAGAGGCUUUGGAGAAGGCCAGGCAAACAGGCGAGAGAGUACCGAAUCCUUUGGUAGACGUGUAUCCGAGAGAGGUCGUCCUCGUUCAAGUUGAAACCGAAGACAUUGACGCCAUUGCGAAGUCCUUUGGGAUCGAUGCGGAAAACGGCGGCACUGUGCGCGUGCUCGACUCGACAGUCCGGACGUUCCGGAAGCUGCCGCUGGCCCCGGGGAAAAGCACAGACUCGCUGUCGACUGUGAACAAGUCCUUCGUCGACGAGCCGCCGAUGGACUCGAAAGACCUCGACAUCGGAGAAGAUCUGCUCACUGCUCUCCGGCGCAUGUUUCCGCCCGCCUUUGCGUGCCCAGCCAAUCCGCCUCUGCGCAGCGCUCUGUCGCGGCCUGGGGGGAUUGGCGAGAACGGAAAGAUGUAUUUUCCCGCAUUGACGGCGGAGUACCUGAGGGAGCAGCGCGAGCUAGCAAACGACAUUUUAUCGGACAUUCGGAAGGCAGGCAUGCGCGCCAUGAAGCUCUUCCAUGGCGAGACGUCCACCAGCGGCAUGGCACGCAUUCUGGCGACGCGCAUCAACAAGACCCCGGCGGAGGGCGCCUCUGCGCCUCCGCCUCUCCAGUAUGCUGCGCCGCUUCCGACGCCCAUUCGCGGCGUGGAGCCGUUCACGCCUCUUGCGGAGUUGCUGACGCUCGGCCUGGAGGAGGCGCGCGCGCGAGAACGCAGAGAGGCGGAAGAAGAAGACGUCGAAGAGCGGCAAGACGGCGAGGCUUCGGCGGACGAGGACGAGGACAGAACCUCGGCGGGACACGAAGGCGACGACGCAAGCAGCCUCGCUUCACAGCGCGCCUCGCGGCGCGACUCACGGACGAGCAGUGGAGACGCUGACGGCGAAGGCAGCGACGCUUCGUCUUGGCGCCGGAGCGCUUCGUCCCGCGAGGGCGUCGAGGCCGCGAGCGAAGCGGCGGCGUUUUCGCGCAUCUGGUCAGCGUGGAAGCAAACGUGCCCCGUGACGCUGUUCGAGGAGGGCGUCGCGGUGGAGGGGCGCCGAGAGAUGGCAGUGGACUACGCAGGCCGCGUGUUUCUCUUUGCGGACGAAGCCAAGCAGAAGCGAUUCCUGGACGACCCAAAAACUUUUCUGGGUCGGCCUCCCGCGCUGCGGGCCAAGAUCGCCGUCGCGCUCUCUGGCGCGAACCGCUCCGUCGCGGUGAAACAAGCUGCGCUGCUCGCAGACGCGUUCGGCCUCGUCGCCGUGGACGUUCAGUUGGAGUUGCAGCUGGAGCAGCAAAGAGCCGAGGCCUGGGAGAGGCGCAUGCAGGCCUUCGAACGGCGCCGCGAGGAGCAAGCGCGAGAACGAGAGCGGCGCCAAGCUGAUCGAGAGAGAGAAGACGCAGAGACGAAGGAAAACGACGGCGCCGGAAGGCACCUGCGCGAAGAGGAGACGAACGGAGUCGAUCCGCUGCUGGAGGCCUCGGCGAGCGGCGAGGCCUUCCGCGCAUACCCGGGAGAAGCUGAAGAGGAAGAACCCACGCCCCGCAGUCCCCGAGAGUUUCAACUGACCGACGCAGAGAGGGCCGCCCUAAAAGAGGGAAAGCCACUCGGCGAGGAGACGAUUGCGAGAGUCGUCGCGUUCCGUCUGGGUUUGGCGAGAAAUGUGGAGAUCCUGGAGGAGCGGCGGGCGGAAGAGGCGAGGCUGAGGGCGUUCGUUGAAGACUUCGAGAAGAAGCAGGCGGAGAGCGACGAGGCCCUGGAAUUUCCGGCCGAUCUUCCAGUGGACCCAGAUACGCACGAGCCCGCGCUUCCGCCCCUGGCGCUGUUGCCGCCGCCUGCCGGCUUCGUCAUCGUCCACUUGGGGAGAACCAAGCGCGAGGAUGCAGCCCUCGCGGAGUACGGAAUACAAGUCCAGCACUGGAUCCACUUCACAGAGGACGUCGGCGAGGAAGAAAAGGAGGCGCACAAGAUGCUGGCGGACUUGCAGGCCGACGCAGACGCAGCGGCAGAUGCUAUAGCGAGAGUGCAGAGGCUCCGGCCUGCUGCCUGUCCGAACAGCAGUUUGCCGCAGCCUCGACUCUCUCAGGACUUUCUCGAUCCUCUAGGAAAGAAGGUGUCCCUACUUUGCGGGGACCGCUUGGAGGCGGCGGAUCCGUCUCCGGAAAAAGAAGCCUUGACAACUCGGUCGGCUGCGUCCUCGGCAGCGCCCUGCGCGUCGGAACUGGCGGGAGACUCCCUCGCUUCCUCCCGCCCCCCGGGGACGGGCGCGGGAGUAGAGAAGGGCAGAGACGCCGCGCGGAAGCGGGAGCCGACAGACGCCUCGUUGCCGAGGGAUUUUCCCGCGGACGGGACGCCGGAGGCCGGAAACGAGGGAGAGGGGAGACAGGAGACAGGGGCGCGACACGCGGAAGAGACAUCGGCAGCGACAGACCGGGCUCUCCUCACACAGGCGGAAGAGAGACUGUUUCUUGAGUACGAAGAAGGCCAUCCAGAAAGCGACCUCGAUGUGCCGAUAAUUCCGAUCUACAUGCAUCUCUCGGACAUGGCGAAGCACUACCGCAUCCGGCGGACCAUCGAUCCCUUCUUCACUUCUCCAGAUGACCCAGAGACGACUCCGCCGCUGCCCGAUCUAUCCGCGGUUCUCGCGCAAAUCGACGACUGCAACUCUCUUCAGCGGGCUCCUGAAGACCGCAGAGGAGCCCCCUACUCGCCUUCCUUCCCCUUCCUUCCGCCACUUCCUCCCAUCUUCUACGGGGAAACUGGUCACUACUGUCCCGUGAGCUUGCGGCGGCAACAGUGGCUGCUGCCUGGGAAGCCUGAGUGCGCUGUCUCUGUUCAGCAGCGAAUCUACAUGUGUUGCGACAGUCGCGCGCAGACUCUGUUUUCGCUGAAUCCUCGCGAGUUCAUGCCGUCGUCGUACUUGGACCAAGAAGACAGCGAGGAAAGUGCGCGGGAAGCUUGUGACCUCGCGGGACAGAGUGCAUUCGAGGCCGAGGAAGAAACCUUUUACGCAAAAGUCGAGAAGGAGGUCCACGUUCCGCCCCCAAGGAUUGCCUUCCUCGGCGGAACUGGCUCGGGAGUUUCCACUCACAUGGAGCUCUUCAACCGCUCCGCCUGGCUCCCAGUGUUGCACUUUCCUUCGCACUUUAGCCGCGCGCUGAAGCGCUGUCUUCUGCGCUACCGGAGGCGCGAAGAGGCGGCGAAACAGAGAGAGGCCUGGAGGGAGAGGAGAGAGGAAACGCGGCGGCGACGGCGCAGCGAGGGCGGAGACGGCCACGAGGCGGGCGGCGAGCAGAAGGCAGACGAGGUCGGCAGCAACGCAGCCGAAAGCCCAGACGGCCGGCUGCUGGACGCGCUGGCACUCGCCGAGCCGGAGGACGACACAGAUGAGGACGAACUAGCUCCUAAAGACGCUUCCGUGCCUUUCUGCGACGAUCGCACGUCUCCAAACAGUGCCGGGGGCGCGGAGGAGUUAACGACAAAUGACAGACUCUAUGGAAGAUACAGCUGGGAGCACGACAUCUGGAAAGACUGGGAGAGCUUCGACUUGCCCGAAGAGAAGAUCCAGCAAAUACGCGUGGACGCAGUCCGCCGAGUGCUUCACAGUGCCAUGGGCCCUGUCCUCAUUGACGGCAGUUCAUUCUGCACUUUGCCCCCCGUUCAGCCGCCCGGAGACGAAGACAAGGAACGAGAACUCGCUCUCAGUGCCCCGUCCUUUGCGUCACUCACAAACGACGCCCAGAGACUCCCCGACGCCGUGGUUAUCUUCACAGCGAGCAAGGAGACCGCUGCGCAGCGCGUCCUGGACCUUGCAAAAAUUAAAAGAGAAGCGAUUGAGGACGCCAAGCGAAAGAUGGCUGCUCGUCAAGAGAGACAGCGAAAGAGAGAGGAGCGAGAGCGGCGACGAGCUGAAGCAGAGGAGCUCGGCGAAGAGUAUGAGGAAGAAGAGGCGGAAGAGGAAGAAGAGGAGGAAGAGGAAGAAGAAAAGGAAGAGGAAGACGAGGAAGAAGAUGGAGAGAAGGUCGAUCCUCUAGCGCUCGCGGCUCAGCGGGCCUCAAGGAAAGCGCUCCGAGAUUUUGCUCGGCGGAAAGCCACUGAGGACGCGAUUGUUCUCCAGUCGGCGAAGCUCUUUGCAUCUGCGCGGGUCCCAGUGCUUGUCGUCAACAGCGAUCGAACAGAACAGACAGUCCAGCGCGCAGUUAACGAGUUUCUGCAGCCUUUUCUGCGACACCGCCAAAGCCUUCUUCUCUCUCCGCAGUGCAUGCGUUUGGACAAAGCGACCUGCGCCCAAUUUCUCAAAUCCGGGGUGGCGAGGCAUUCCCGCUUCGGCGCCUUUUCCCCGACGGAUGUGGAUGCUAUGAGGCCUCAGCCUUCGGUGCCUCACUGGAAAUGUUCCUUCGCCGUCGCGCUUCUUCAGAUUGCUCGUUGGAUCGCCGAGUGGUCAGGGGCGGUGUACGUGACGCCCCAGAAAGCUCUCAGGCAGUGCAUCGAGGAGGCGAAGUCGUCUCAGCUCGUCGACCAAGUUCUCCACGAUCUCCGCAGAGGCCGGGCGGUUUCGCCCUGUUGCUUGAUUCGAGUUGUUCACCAGCGCCUUCGUCAUUCGGACGCGCUCCAGCGGGGAUUCGUCUUGGACGGAUGCCCCGCGCACGUUGGCCACGCCAAGCGCUUCCAGCGUCUCGAGGCGCUCCACCAAAUUGAAGUUCCUGCCUCGUCUCCUCUACAAGACGACGUUCACCUCCACUCGCCUUCUCCCUCCACUUCUCCGCGCUCUGCCUCCUCGCGAUCUUCUUCCCUUCGAGCUUCUGCCCUUCGCUCUCCUUUCCCCCGGUCUGCUUCGUCUCUCAGCCUGGGGGGUGCACGAGGAAGAGAGGAAGCGGGCGCCGGCGACGGACCUUCGCGGCACGGCACGGCGGAGAAUUGGGGAGUGGACGAGGCGAGGGAAGGCGGCGCAAAUGCAGGCCACGGAAGGAGACAGGAGGAAGCCGAACGAGGCCGAUUUGACCAGGACGGUCGUGGCGAGGCCGUCGCAGCGGAUUCUGAUGAAGCAGGUAGGGGAGGCGGGAAAGCCGCGGUCUUCAGGAAGCUAGCGAGCGAGAGCUUUAAGGCGGUUAUGGAAAAGCAAGAAAGACAAAAGGAGGCGGCGAGGAAACAUGCAGGAAAGGGGGAAGGCGCUGCCAGAGAAGAGGCAGAAAGGUGGAGACGAUCGAGAUCUAGUGGACAGGACGAAACGCUAGCGAAAGAGACCGAACUGCAGCAUGAGAAACAGCCGAGGCCCCACACUGCGCCGCUCGAAGACUUUUCUCUCUCAAAGUUGAACGCAAAGAAACCCACGCCCUCGCCUCGCCUCUCGUCGGCUUUGGAUCAAGGAGCAGCUGAGGAGGCAGACGGGGAAACGCACGAAAAAGAGGAGGCUCCGGAAGAAGGGGAGGGAGAAGACGAACGAGACAGCGAAGGCAACGGCGAGAGGAGAGAAAAUGACGGAGUCAAGCGAGAAGAAGGAGAAAGGCAAAGUGAAGGCGGCGAAGACGGGGAAGUGACAAGGGAUGAAGGAGGAAGAGAAGGAAAUGAAGAAGAGGCAGCAUCAGCAAGCACGGAAAUUCUCCACGGAGACCGGAAGAAGGGUGCCGCGGAUGUGGCGGGAGGGAACCCUCCAUGCGUUGAGCAGAGAGAAGAUGAAGGGAAGGAAGCAGCAGAGAGGCGUGAUGGGGCGCUUCGUCUCGCAGCCCAGGAAGCGAGACACAAACUAAGGGAGGAACGGGAUGCGCAAACGCUUCAAGAAGAUGAAGAAUUGGAGGACGACGAAGAUGAGGAAAGUGCCAUUGAUAUUAUCUUUGUCUUCGAAGCGGAUGAACACCUCACAAUGCGCAGAGCCGCAAAAAUCCACGAAAAUAUCAGCAGCGGUUUCCCCGUUCAAGACGAACGCGACUACCAAGCCAACGCAGCCGCGCAAAAGGAGAGGUGGUCCACAUACCGAUCCACGAUCGCCCCUCUUCAGGCGUACUACUCGAGCGCCUACAGCAAUGUAAUGUAA